ACGCCAAUCUCCCCUGUGUACCGCUGAUAAUUACUCGCUGUCAUAUGAACUGUCGCCAGCUCAAUAGUCGGCUCAGUGAGCCUACGGCUAGUGUGCACAGAAGUUUUUCAAAAUUUCAGUUUAAAAAACGAACAUAGUGCACAUUCAGAGUUUUCAACGAUAUAGGACAUCGACUAGGAUUUUUCUCCUGAAAUGUGCAGGAGCCCACGCAUUGCAUGCUACCUUCUGGGACUUGAACUUAACCAGCGUCAAUCAACUCAACGAAAAGCUGUCCUUUUUCACGAAAGUGCGCGAUGUUGCAGACAGAAGAGGUGACACACAGCAGUAUGUGAGGACCUUGGAAUAAUACACGCCGACAAAACGGCACACCGGUGGUUGGCAUCGAGGCUCGAGGACAGCACACGGAGACUUGAUUCGCCUCACAAUCCGUAGUCUCCUUCGAUCAGUAGACUGGAGGUCGAUGCGUCAAGAUGACAACGAAAAGCUGGAGGUUUAGGCCUACAAGGAGCUGCGGCGUGCAACCGUGCAUUGUUUUAUUGCUGACAGUGGCAGCAUCGAUCAGCCUCGCCAGCGCCAGCAUGAAUGUGACAGCAGUGCUGGAUAGCAUUCUAAGGGGCUACGAUAACCGCGUUCGACCAGACGGCGUAGCGGAAAACUCUGCGGGUCUACAGGAACCAGAUGAAAAUCUCCCAUUGCGAAUACUGGUUCAAAUCUACAUCGAAAGCGUGGAUGGCAUCAGGGAAUCGACAAUGGAUUGGACAGCGACCGUCUAUCUGCGGCUGUUUUGGCAGGACAGACGGUUGGCCUUCCACGGCAACCGUAGUCUGGCCCUCCAAAGCAAAGGCAUUGAGAGAAUCUGGCUGCCAGACAUAUAUUUCCUGAACGAGAAGAACGCCAGGGUGCACAUGGUGACACAACCAAACAAGCUGAUGCGAGUCCAGCCGAAUGGGAAAGUGUCGUACAGUCAAAGGAUCACCUUGACGGUUUCCUGCAACAUGAACCUGCAAAAGUUUCCGAUGGAUUCCCAGGACUGCGAUAUCAUCAUUAGCACUUAUGCCUACUCUACGGAAGAUGUCCUCCUCUAUGUGGACGAUCAUAGCAUCCAAAUAGAGCCCGCUGUCACUAUAUCCAAAUUCAGCCUGACUGGUAUGGAAGCGAAACAGGAGACACUGGAGUUUUCUUUGGGGAAUUUCAGCAGCGUGAGAUGCUACUUUCACUUCAUACGUCAGAUGGAGUCGUACUUCCUCACCGUGUACAUUCCUACCUUGCUACUGGUCAGCAUCGCCUGGCUGUCUUUCUGGAUUGACGCCAAAGCAGCCCCCGCGCGCGUAGCCCUGGGUAUAACUACGGUCCUGACCGUGACCACCAUGACAGCCGGCAUACAGGAGACGCUACCAGUCGUCACCUACGCGAAGGCGAUCGACAUCUGGCUGGUAGUCUGUCUCAUGUUCGUGUUUUUCUCUCUACUUGAGUACGGCGUGGCCAAUUUUCUCCUCAUUAAACAGGCGAACAAGGCAGCCUUCACAGCUUCGAUUGACGACAGAAGUAAAAGGAACAGGACACUUGAAGGAGGCCCUCAAGAGUCUAGUCAAGGCCAACUGAUGACAGCCGACCGAAUGGACCGAUACGCUCGAUGGCUAUACCCCAUCGCUUUUCUCACUUUCAGCGUCUGCUAUUGGAUAAUUUUUCUCACAAUGUGAAACACAGAUUUAGAAACAACGAUGUUUGUUCACUUUCUCUGGUAUAAACUUCGGUUCCUGGUUUGAGAGAUGCCCAAUGAUUACCACUGAAUGCAAUAUUUAUUUGGUUUUAUGCAAGACUGCUCUAAACUCCUUUUGGCGGGGGUGCGUUUGUUUAAUUCACUCGAAUUAGUGAUGCUGGGGUCAUUAUUACUGAGUGGAUGGCGUUUUUGUGCUCAUUCUGAAGUGUCUUUCCAUACCAUAAAUAUCAUUUUGAGAAUAGCACGCCACGGUGUAGGCUUAAUACGAAGUAAUUUGAUUAUAUCUACACUGCAUCACGGAUCUUUUAAUCCUUCAGCACUAAGUUUGAAAGUGUCAGUAAAAUUGUUAAUAUUUUGCAUUUUGUUAUUCCCGCGAUAAGGAAAGACAAUCUCAGAUUAGAAGAUCUUUUUACUCUUGAUUGAGCAUUUUGAAACAUGAAUUUUGCUUUUAUAGACAUGGAGCCUCAUGUGUUACUCAGUUAUUUGAGUUGGAUGAUAAGGUCUAAAGCAAACAUUUUUUCGUGCAAUAACUUAAUCUGUAAGAUUAAACUCUAGGUCGUCUGCUAUGUUGUAUGCUAUACAGUAGACAAUAUUGCGCAUUACGCUGUUGUAAACUGAAACAUGUUUUAUUCAUUUUGUUAUUUGAGCUAUUAUGGCCGUGUCUGACUCACUGGCUAAGGCUUGAAUUUACGCACUAGGCUAUUGCAGUGGCCGCGGCCAGUUCCCAUUAAGUCGUGCGUAUUCAGGCUGCAGCCAAGUGAAUCGGACAUGGCCUAAUAGUCAAUAAAAAAGAAAUGGUUAAUGCAGUUCAGAAAAAGGGGUACUACAAGCAAAGUGGUAUAUGCAUAUUAUUUUUACAGAAUAUUUUUCCAUCUGCCGCAUUUCCCCACUAACUUCUGUUCUAUCGUCUGUUCUUAACUGCUUUUUGUACGUUAUAAACAUUGUUUUAUGAAGCAAAUGAAAAAGGAUUACAGGGACGCCAUGAUAAUAAAAAAAAACGGCUUGUGUAGACUAUUAAAGCA